AUAUCCGAACAGACGAAGAAUCUUUGACAAUCUUUUGAAGACCACGGAUGUUAAAACAUGAAGAAAGGGUUACAGAGAAAGAGUUAUUGAAAACGAAUACCAUUUUCUCUUCCGUUUUAGGCUGUUGUUUUUGUGACGCGAAAUCGAAAGUCCUGCUGAACGAUUGAUUGUUUUCUCAAACCAGUGCUGAUCAGAGGAGCGAGGAAAGGACUCUCUCUCUAAGAUGAGUCUCUCAGAGAAACACAGUGUAAGAUCAGGAUCACAUGUGUCCAGCUCUGUGUCUCUGAAGAGUGAUCAGUCAAAAGAUGGCACACCACCCAUCUUCAGUGGGGAAAAACCAUCAUCUAAUAAAAGUGUAAGAUCAGGAUCACAUGUGUCCAGCUCUGUGUCUCUGAAGAGUGAUCAGUCAAAAGAUGGAUUACCACCAAAGUUCAGUGGGGAAAAACCAUCAUCUAAUAAAAGUGUAAGAUCAGGAUCUCAUGUGUCCAUCUCUGUGUCUCUGAAGAGUGAUCGGUCAAAAGAUGGAGAACCACCAAAGUUCAGUGGGGAAAAACCAUCAUCUAAUAAAAGGCUUCAGUAUGAGACAUUAGACUCAGACGUUCAGACUCAAAAGAACCACAAGAAUUUCAAAGACAAUCUCCUGGGGAUCUUCCAGGAUCUUGAGAGCAAAAUAAUAAGAUUUCUGAAGAAAGAGCUGGAAAAGUUUAAGAAAAUAUUACAAAAUGAGAACACAGAAAACUUUGUGAAGGACUUUAAUGAGAAUAGAUGCAGUAUCAAAGCAGCAGCUCUUGAUCUCACACUACAUUACCUGAGAGAGAUGAAGCAAGAUGAAGAUGCUGAUGCUCUAGAAGGUCAGAGACUCAUGACCAUCUGUCAGAUUGACACUUAUUAAUGUAGACCAGUGGUUCCCAACCACGAUCCUGGAGGCCCACCAUCACUGCAUGUUUUCCAUGUCUCCUUAAUCAAACACACCUGAAUCAGGUCAUCAGCUUAUUAGCAGAGACUCCAAGACC